AUGGCCGCCAUGGCCUCUCCAACCGUGGGCGAGGCCACCUUCGCCCGCGGCAAGGCAAGGGCAAAGCCGCCUCACCGGCGGUUGGCUAGGUUGCCUUCGCUCGCAAAGAAGGCCGGUUGCACGACCAUGGCGACAGUCGUUGACCGAUCAUUGGCGAGCUUGCCGCUUGCCAUUGGUAUUGUGCCUUCCUCCACUAGGAACUUAUCUUCGCUGGAGUUCCUUUCUCUAACCCUGAACAACUUGGGCGGGAGCAUCCCCCAUGUUCUAGGCUACUUGCCAAACUUGCAAGUCUUAGCCCUUGGAGGAAACAGAUUCUCGGGUAUAAUUCCAUCUUUGUUAUUCAAUCUCUCUUCGCUAACUGUGUUUGAUGUUGCAAUGAAUCAAAUACAAGGGACUCUUUGUGCAAGCAUAGCCCUCAAACUCUUAGAUCUUGAAUAUUUUAGCGUUGGCUUGAACCAACUUGCAGGGCCAAUUCCUCCGUCGAUAUCGAAUUGCACAAAGCUAGAAAAGCUUGAACUUACAGGGAACAAUUUUCAUGGGCAAAUUCCUUCACAUCUAUCAAACUGCCGAUCUCUUGAUCGGCUCGACCUAUCCAAGAACAAUCUUAGUGGUGCCAUUCCCCCCCAACUUAUCGGCCUCUCAUCAUUAGCGAUCAUUCUGAACUUGUCUUGUAACCAUCUAACUGGGAUUCUACCCAUAGAAGUUGGCAACUUGAAAGCUUUGACCGCAUUGGAUAUCUCAAACAAUUUGUUGGUAGAUGAAAUCCCAAAUAGUUUAGGUGAUUGCAUUGCAUUGACAUCGCUAAGGAUGGGGGGCAACUUCUUCCCUGGGUCCAUUACUCAAUCAUUCAGAUGGUUAGGAGGUAUUGAAGAACUAGAUCUUUCACGAAACAAUUUAUUGGGCCAGAUUCCAGCAUUCUUAACUGUAUUUCAUUCCUUGAAACUUCUGAAUUUAUCUUACAAUAAGUUUGAAGGCAUGCUACCACAUGAAGGAGUCUUUAAGAAUGCUACAAGUACUUCUAUUAUUGGGAACAAUGAGCUCUGCGGCGGACUGCCAGAAUUUCACCUCCCCACAUGCGUCUCCAAAAGCUUCGAGAGUAGAAAGAUCCAUAUGGUAAUAUUGUCCACUUUUGUUAUAUCCGGAGUUCUUGGGCUAGCUCUUAUUCUAGCUUUUAUAUAUGUUUGUUGGUUGAAGAAGAAAGUAAAAGAACAAGUUUCAAGUUCAAUGGAUGGUUCACGUCCAAAUGUAUCUUAUGGAACACUCUUAAAAGCUACUAACAAUUUUUCUCCAAUGAAUUUGAUUGGAGUUGGAAGCUUUGGUUCUGUUUACAAGGGGAUACUUGAGGAAAAUCAAAUCGCUAUUGUGGUGAAGGUGCUUCAUUUAGCCCAUCAUGGUGCUCUAAAGAGCUUCAUAGCCGAGUGUGAUGAAUUAAAAAACAUAAAACAUCAAAAUCUUUUGAAGAUACUGACAGUUUGCUCGAGUAGUGAUUACCAAGGAAAUGAUUUUAAGGCCUUGGUUUAUGAACUCAUGGAUAAUGGAAGCCUAGAACGGUGGCUACACCCCAAUGCAUCAUCAUCUCAUGAGAAUGAGCUUCCAAAAAGGUUGAACUUUAUUCAGAGGAUAAAUAUUGUUAUUGAUGUUGCUUCUCCAUUGGAUUAUCUUCAUCAACAAUGCCAUAUCCCUAUCGUUCAUUGUGAUCUGAAGCCAAGCAAUAUCCUUCUAGAUUCUGAGAUGGUCGCACAUGUUGGCGACUUUGGGUUAGCAAAAUUCCUUAUUGAAUCAUCCCUUGAUUCUGUAGCCAAUCAAAUGAGCUCAGCCGGUCUAAGAGGGACAAUUGGUUAUGCUCCACCAGAAUAUGCAAUGGGAUGUGAGGUUUCAAGAGAAGGUGAUGUGUAUAAUUAUGGCAUUCUCUUAUUGGAGAUGUUCACGGGGUUGAGUCCCACCGACGACACCUUUAGAGAUAAUUUGACUCUUCAUAAUUAUGUCACAAAAGCUUUACCGGAACAAGUGCUUGAAAUUACGGACAACAUCCUACUUCAAGAAAGAGAGAGCCAUUUAGGCCCAUAUAGGGUGCGUUUGGGAACCACUUCCCAAAGCCCCUUUGAAGCCUGA